AUGUACCUUGCAAAUGGGCGAGGGUGGAAGCGGAAGACGACAAGAACAGUGGAAAGUGGAAAAGAAGGAGAGCACGGAAACGACAGCGAGAGCAAGAUCGUGGGAGCAAAUGGCAAGCGAGGAGUGAAGCGACGGCAGGACUCAAGAGCAGCAGUCAUGAACCGCGACAGCUACAGCAACGGCAGCAGCAGCGACUGGGAAGGCCAGUCCUCAAUGGCAACAACACAGUGGAUUUGGACGCCGCAGAACACGAGCGAGCAGCGAGCGCACAGACAGCACAGGGGAGAGUAA